CAAACGAGUGAAAGUAGUAAGAACGUGCCUCCGGUCAGGUAUUAAUAAUAAUCCCUUCUCAUGAGCAUAACGUGUCGAUUUCCUAUAGGAAUUAUCAUCAAUUCAUUUAUAACGUAUAUUACACCGUUGCCUUUUAAAUAUGUUCAUUCGUGCGGUGCCUGUGAUCUGUGAUAUUUUAUUAAAAUGUUGUUUACGAGAACCAGUUUUAGCGUUAGUACUUUAGUAGUGAUUAUAGGUGUAGCCCUAUGGGGCCUUAUAAGGUACUGGGAAAUCGAAGGCGGGGAUAACGGGCAAACAAAUGACUGGAUAAAGUACUUACAGUGGUCCUAUUAUAAAAAUGAAACUUUCGCGAAAAUGCCCAGUUUAGAAAAAGAGGUUCCCUUCAAAAAGGCCACUUUCGGCAUGGGUUGCUUCUGGGCCAACGACGCCCUGUUCGGGGGCCAACCCGGGGUCCUUAGAACCAGAGUGGGCUACUCCGGCGGUACCACCUUGAACCCCGUUUACAGAAAUUUGGGAGACCAUACUGAAGUCAUUGAAAUCGACUUUGACCCCAGCGUAACGACUUACAAGGACUUGCUGAAGUUGUUUUGGGAAAAUCAUGAAUAUGGACUUACCACUUUUAUCAAAAGACAAUAUAUGUCUCUGAUUUUAUAUCAUGAUGAUGAGCAAAAGCACAUUGCCGAGCUGGAGAUUAAAAUCGAAGCAGGAAAGAGGAAUGAAAAGUUAAUUACUGAAAUUGCCCCGGCGGGGCCUUUUUAUCCAGCCGAAGACUACCAUCAAAAAUAUCGGUUACAAAAACACGGCUGGAUAGUGGAGGAGCUCGGCCUCACGCCCGAGCUUCUACAGACGUCCCAAGUAGCCGCGAAACUGAACGGCUACGUGGCCGGGAUCGGUAACCGAGCCGACCUGGAUCGGGACAUGCGAUCGCUGGCAAUUCCCGAAAAGAUCGCCAGCUACGUGAAGAUUCAGUUUUUGGAAAACGAGGGGGGCAGCCUCUACUGCUGAUCAACUCCGUUCUGUCAAUCCUUACGGACGGUCCAAUUUAAAUACGCCACCUUACUCCCCUCGUGUAAUGUUUUUGCCUCGGCAACCCAACUCUUAAUGGUUUUUAAAGUUGGCCCAGUAAAAAUGCACCUUUUAAAGUCUCGUGUUCGUUGCGGUAUAGGAAGGCCAAUUUUGAACCGCACUUUUAAUAAACACUGUUGUAUAUAUGUAUAGUAAAACGUUUAUGAAAUGGAAUUAAUGCUGGGAGAGGAGAGGGAGAAUAAACAAAGUUAAAACCU